AUAUACCCGGCCACCGGCCACUGGUGCUGUGGCUGUGGCUGACCCCUCUGGACCAGGAUGUGGGUAUCCUGGGCUCCUGGUCUGUGGCUGCUCAAUCUCUGGGCCACCUUCAGCCAUGGGGCAAAUACAGGUGAGCAAUGUCCACCUUCACAGCAGGAGGGACUCAAGCUGGAGCACAGUAGUGACCUAUCAGCCAACGUGACUGGCUUCAACCUCAUCCGCCGACUCAACCUCAUGAAGACCUCUGCCAUCAAGAAGAUCCGCAACCCCAAGGGGCCUCUCAUCCUGCGGCUGGGGGCAGCCCCACUGACCCAGCCCAUGCGACGAGUGUUCCCUCGGGGCCUACCCGAGGAGUUUGCUCUGGUGCUGACGUUGCUGCUCAAGAAGCACACCUACCAGAACACGUGGUAUUUGUUCCAAGUGACUGAUGCCGAUGGGUACCCACAGAUUUCCCUAGAAGUCAACAGCCAAGAGCGGAGUCUGGAACUCCGGGCUCAGGGUCAAGACGGCGACUUUGUGUCCUGCAUCUUCCCAGUGCCCCAGCUCUUUGACCUGCGUUGGCACAAACUGAUGCUGAGCGUGGCUGGACGCGUGGCCUCCGUCCAUGUGGAUUGCAUCUCAACCUCCUCCCAGCCUCUGGGGCCCCGGCGACCCAUGCGACCUGUGGGCCACGUAUUUCUGGGCUUGGAUGCUGAGCAGGGCAAACCCGUCUCGUUUGAUCUGCAGCAGGCCCACAUCUACUGUGACCCGGAGCUCGUGCUGGAGGAGGGCUGCUGUGAGAUUCUGCCAGGGGGGUGCCCCCUGGAGUCCUCCAAGGCCCGCCGGGACACACAAAGCAAUGAGCUCAUCGAGAUCAAUCCACAGAUGGAGGGCAAGGUCUACACUCGCUGCUUCUGCCUGGAGGAGCCUCAGAACAGCAAGGUGGAUGCACAGCUGACGGGAAGAAUCAACCAGAAGGCUGACAGGGGAACGAAGGUCCAUCAGGAGACAGCAGCCCAUGAGUGUCCACCCUGUGUCCACGGAGCCCGAGAGAGCAACGUCACACUAGGUCCCUCUGGCCCCAAGGGAGGGAAAGGUGAACGAGGCCUGCCUGGUCCAUCAGGCUCCAAAGGAGAGAAGGGAGCACGGGGCAAUGACUGUGUUCGGAUCUCCCCGGACGCUCCACUUCAGUGUGCAGAAGGCCCAAAAGGAGAGAAGGGGGAGUCAGGAGGCUUGGGACCCUCAGGACUCCCUGGCUCCACAGGCCAGAAGGGCCAGAAAGGCGAGAAGGGUGACGGAGGCCUCAAGGGCUUGCCGGGAAAGCCAGGCCGAGAUGGCCGGCCUGGAGAGAUCUGUGUCAUUGGGCCCAAGGGGCAGAAGGGAGACCCCGGCUUUGUUGGGCCUGAAGGUCUGGCAGGAGAGCCUGGACCCCCCGGUCUUCCUGGGCCCCCUGGGAUAGGACUGCCCGGAACCCCAGGGGACCCAGGUGGCCCUCCAGGCCCGAAGGGAGACAAGGGCAGCUCUGGCACGCCGGGAAAGGAAGGCCCUGGUGGCAAACCUGGGAAGCCAGGGGUACCAGGGAUGAAGGGAGAGAAGGGUGACCCCUGUGAAGUGUGCCCAACGCUACCUGAAGGGUUCCAGAACUUUGUGGGGCUCCCUGGAAAGCCAGGGCCCAAAGGGGAACCUGGUGAUCCUGCACCAGCCAGGGGAGACCCUGGCAUCCAAGGCAUCAAAGGAGAGAAGGGGGAGCCGUGUUCGUCGUGCAGCCCAGUCGUAGGAGCCCAGCAUCUUGGGCCCUCUACAGGGGCUAAAGGAGAUGUGGGCUUUCCUGGCUCUGGUUUGCCUGGCCUUCCGGGGAAAUCUGGGGCUCCAGGGCUGAAAGGAGAGAAGGGUAAUUUCGGGGAGGCAGGGCCAGCCGGCAGUCCGGGGCCACCAGGACCAGUGGGACCAGCAGGUAUCAAAGGAGCAAAGGGGGAGCCUUGUGAGCCGUGCCUGGCGCUGUCCAGGCCUCAGGAGGGGGAUGGCCGUGUGGUGCACUUGCCUGGCCCGACUGGAGAGAAGGGGGAGCCUGGGCUUCCCGGCUUUGGCCUACCAGGAAAGCAGGGCAAGGCCGGAGAGCGUGGACUGAAGGGGCAGAAGGGUGAUGCUGGGAAUCCCGGAGACCCUGGAACUCCAGGGAGCACAGGACAGCCAGGGCUGUCAGGAGAGCCUGGGGUUCGGGGACCUGCAGGGCCAAAAGGAGAAAAGGGUGAUGGCUGCACUGCCUGCCCCAGCCUGCAGGGGCUGCCGACCAAUAUGGCUGGAUUGCCUGGGAAGCCUGGCCCCAAAGGAGAGCCCGGCCCAGAAGGUGUGGGCCAGCCUGGCAAACCGGGCCAGCCUGGUCUACCAGGAGUUCAAGGACCCCCAGGACUGAAGGGCAUACAGGGGGAGCCAGGUCCUCCAGGAAUGGGAGCCCAGGGGCCCCCGGGAGAGCCUGGAGCCCAGGGUGUGCCUGGCAUGCAGGGAUUUCCGGGACCUCGAGGACCACCUGGCCCCGCUGGAGAAAAGGGUAACCAGGGAUCUCCAGGGCUGAAAGGAGCCACCGGACCCAUGGGACCCCCUGGUGCCAGUGUUUCUGGACUUCCGGGCCUUGAUGGGCAGCAAGGACAGACUGGACUUCCGGGGGCCAGAGGAACGCCGGGUGAAAAGGGAUCUCGAGGAGAGAAGGGUGAGCCAGGGGAGUGCUCUUGCCCCCCUCGAGGAGACCCCAUCUUCUCUGGCAUGCCGGGUGCUCCGGGACUUUGGAUGGGCAGCUCCUGGCAGCCGGGCCCGCAGGGUCCCCCAGGUGUCCCUGGACCUCCAGGCCCCCCAGGAAUGCCCGGGCUGCAGGGAGUGCCUGGAAACAACGGCUUGCCAGGACAGCCUGGGCUCACUGCAGAACUGGGCUCCUUACCCAUUGAGAAGCACCUUCUUAAGAGCAUCUGCGGGGACUGUGUCCAGGGCCCGACGGCCCACCCAGCAUCCCUCCUGGAGAAAGGAGAGAAGGGAGACCAGGGCAUCCCGGGUGUGCCAGGCCUGGACAACUGCGCUCGGUGCUUCUCAGAGCGGGAGCGCCCGAGAGCUGAGGAGGCGAGGGGAGACAGCAUCGAGGGCGAUAAUGGCUGUGUGGGCAGCCCUGGCCUCCCUGGUCCUCCGGGACUGCCAGGCCAGAGGGGAGAAGAGGGUCCGCCAGGCAUGAGGGGCUCCCAAGGUCCUCCAGGCCCAAUUGGCCCCCCAGGCUUUCCUGGUGCUGUUGGCUCCCCCGGAUUGCCUGGUCUUCAAGGAGAACGAGGUCUCAGGGGCUUGACAGGAGACAAAGGUGAACCGGGUCCUCCAGGACAACCUGGCUACCCAGGUGCCAUGGGCCCCCCGGGACUGCCAGGCAUCAAGGGGGAGCGUGGCUACACAGGGCCCGCGGGAGAGAAGGGCGAGUCGGGCCCGCCGGGAACAGAAGGCCUCCCAGGUCCCCCAGGCCCAGCUGGUCCCCGAGGAGAGCGAGGACCCCAAGGGAACUCAGGUGAAAAGGGAGACCAGGGAUUUCAAGGCCAGCCAGGCUUCCCAGGCCCACCGGGUCCCCCUGGAUUCCCAGGCAAAGCUGGAGCACCUGGCCCACCUGGGCCCCAAGCAGAGAAGGGCAGUGAAGGGAUUCGCGGCCCAGCAGGCUUGCCUGGUUCCCCUGGGCCACCAGGACCCCCUGGGAUUCAGGGCCCCGCCGGCCUGGACGGUCUAGAUGGGAAGGAUGGCAAGCCCGGCCUGAGGGGGGACCCUGGUCCCGCUGGCCCCCCCGGACUCAUGGGACCCCCGGGUUUCAAGGGGAAAACUGGACACCCUGGCCUCCCAGGACCUAAGGGUGACUGUGGCCAACCAGGCCCCCCUGGUAGCAGCGGCCGGCCCGGCGCGGAGGGUGAGCCUGGUGCCAUGGGACCCCAAGGGCGACCUGGCCCCCCUGGCCACAUUGGGCCUCCGGGGCCUCCGGGCCAGCCAGGUCCAGCUGGGAUCUCUGCAGUGGGCCUGAAAGGAGACCGGGGAGCCACUGGAGAAAGGGGCAUGGUGGGCCUCCCAGGUCAGCCUGGCCCACCUGGACACCCUGGUCCCCCGGGUGAACCUGGUGCAGAUGGUGCGGCCGGCAAAGAGGGACCCCCUGGAAAACAGGGACUCUAUGGACCUCCUGGUCCAAAGGGUGAUCCAGGACCCGCAGGACAGAAGGGCCAGGCAGGAGAGAAGGGAAGAUCUGGCAUGCCUGGCGGACCUGGCAAGAGUGGCUCUAUGGGGCCUGUUGGGCCACCAGGUCCUGCAGGAGAGAGAGGCCACCCUGGGUCUCCAGGUCCUGCGGGAAGCCCUGGAUUGCCCGGUGUGCCUGGCUCCAUGGGAGACAUGGUGAAUUAUGAUGAAAUCAAGAGGUUCAUCAGACAAGAGAUCAUUAAAAUGUUUGAUGAGCGAAUGGCUUACUACACCUCCAGGAUGCAGUUCCCCAUGGAGAUAGCAGCAGCUCCUGGUCGGCCAGGGCCGCCAGGGAAGGAUGGUGCCCCAGGUCGGCCAGGUGCUCCAGGAUCACCCGGACUCCCCGGUCAGAUUGGCAGAGAAGGACGACAGGGUUUGCCAGGAAUGAGAGGGUUGCCUGGUACCAAAGGUGAAAAGGGAGACAUUGGCAUUGGCGUUGCAGGAGAAAAUGGUCUCCCUGGACCCCCAGGUCCUCAGGGGCCUCCAGGGUAUGGCAAGAUGGGUGCAACUGGGCCGAUGGGCCAGCAAGGCAUUCCUGGCAUCCCUGGUCCACCAGGUCCCAUGGGCCAGCCAGGCAAGGCCGGCCACUGCAACCCCUCAGACUGCUUUGGGGCCAUGCCAAUGGAGCAGCAGUACCCACCCAUGAAAAACAUGAAGGGGCCUUUCGGCUGAAAUCGCCACCUGCCACAAGAUGAAGGACUUCAUUGGGAAUAAUUGGCCAAAGCGUUCAGGACUCUAUGAUAGGUUGUGAAUGUUUGUGUGGUUGAUGUUGUUAUUGUUAAUUGCUGUUAAUAUUUUUUUAACAAUAAAGAAAUAAAACUAU